AUGGAGAAGGAGACCCUACAAGACUCCGUCAUCAUGGGCGACAAAACCCAGAUCAACCAUGGAGAGCUGGCUUCGAUACGUGCCUUCACCGAAGAAGAGAAGAUGCUGGAGAAGAAACUCUUGCGCAAGAUUGACUCUCUGAUUCUCCCUAUGGUUGUUUUGAUCUACCUUAUGAACUAUAUCGAUAGGAACAAUUAUCCUGCUGCACGACUACAAGGCCUACAGGAAGACCUAAAUCUCACCGAUAGCCAGUAUCAGGUGGGACUGUCGAUCCUCUUCGUCGGCUACAUUCUGGCCCAGAUUCCCUCGAAUAUGGCACUUAACUACAUCGGCAAGCCGUCAUUGUAUCUUGGCUUCUUCACGGUCGCCUGGGGACUUGUCUCAGCGCUUACAUGUCUAGUAAAGGGUUACGGUUCGAUAGUGGCAUGCAGAUUCUUCUUGGGCUUUGUGGAAGCACCAUUCUUCCCUGGCGUUCUAUUCUAUCUGAGCAAAUGGUACACCAAGAACGAACUGGCAUUUCGAAUGAGCAUCUUCUAUUGCGGAUCACUCAUCAGCGGCGCCUUUGGCAAUCUCAUCGCCGCAGGCAUACUGAGCGGUCUAGCGGGCGCACGUGGACUCUCAGCCUGGCAGUGGCUUUACAUCAUCGAAGGGAGUAUCACAGUCACAAUCGGCCUGUUCGUGUCCUACUAUCUCCCUGACUUUCCCGAUACCUGGAAAGCUCUCUCUCCAGAGCUCCGCCAGAUCGCGACUCGUCGCCUCGCCAUGGAAGCGGCCGAUGCUGACCUGGAUGAUGAAGGAGCAAUGAGCCAGAUCAAGGGGAUGAAACUCGCUUUUCAAGACCCCAAAACCUACAUCUUGGCAGUUGCGUACAUGGCGAUAGUCGGGGCCGGAGGCUUCCAGAACUACUUCCCCACGCUCACGGCGACCUUGGGCUACAGCCGGAUCAUUUCGCUCGUACUGGUUGCUCCACCAUACCUGUUGGUGGUCGUCUACAGCGUCACUCAUUGCUACUAUUCGGACCGGCUGAACAACCGCUUCUGGUUCUUCAUGUAUCCGGCUCCGAUCGCCAUCGUUGGCUUCGCAGUCUUCAUGGCAACCGACACGUUUGGGCCUCGCUACCUUUCCUGCUUCUUGUUUCUGAUCCAGGCAUCGACGAUCGCCACAACGCUUUCGUGGGCAUCUUCAUCCAUUCCUCGCCCACCAGCGAAGCGAGCGGUGGCACUUGCGUUCAUCAACUCUGUCGGGAACUCGGCGAGCGUUUGGACUCCGUUCACGUACCGGGUCCAGGACUCUCCGCACUACCUUCCAGCUAUGGUCAUCAACAUCAUCCUCGAAUGUCUGGCGAUGAUUUGUGGAUUGCUGCUGCGAUGGUAUCUGAAGAAACAGAAUCGGGAACUUGAAAGAUUGGAGAACGAGGAUGUUCCACUGUCGGACAAGGAUAUGAAGAGACUGCGAAGAACCGCUGAGCAGGAAGGCCUGGACAUUGCGACAGCUCGUCGGCUGCAGAAGGGGUAUAGGUAUAUGAUCUGA